UCCAUCAAAAAUACAAAACCAAUAAAAAUAAUAGCAAGUUUAUUUUUUUUCCAAAAAAUAAUGAUGAAGCCUCAUGUUAUUGUAACAACAUUUCCAGCACAAGGUCAUAUUAAUCCAGCACUACAAUUUGCUAAAAAUCUUGUAAAAAAUGGCAUACAAGUGACAUUUUCUACAAGUAUUUAUGCACAAAGACUUAUGGAUGAAAAAAAAUCCAUUGAUAAUUUUCCAAAGGGGUUAAUGAAUUUUGUUCCAUUUUCUGAUGGAUUUGAUGAUGGAUUUGAUCAUUCAAAAGAUCCUGUAUUUUAUAUGUCACAACUUAGAAAAUGUGGAAGUCAAACUGUCAAAAAUAUUAUCAUCAAUUGUUCUGAAAAUGGGAGUCCUAUAACUUGCCUACUUUACUCCAUUUUUCUUCCUUGGGCAGCAGAGGUCGCACGUGAAGUCAACAUUCCUUCAGCUCUUCUUUGGAGUCAACCAGCUACAAUCUUAGACAUAUAUUAUUUCAACUUUCAUGGAUAUGAAAAAGAAAUGUCUAAUGAAUCAAAUGAUCCAAAUUGGUCCAUUCAACUUCCUCACCUUCCACAAUUAAAAACUAAAGAUCUUCCUUCAUUUUUACUUCCAUCAAAUGCUAAAGGAAGCCUUAGAGUUGCACUUCCACCUUUCAAAGAAUUAAUAAACACAUUAGAUUCUGAAAUUAAUCCAAAAAUUCUUGUGAAUACAUUUGAUGAAUUAGAGCCACAUGCAUUAAAAGCAAUUGAAAAUUACAAAUUUUAUGGAAUUGGACCAUUAAUACCUAGUGCAUUUUUAGAUGGAAAUGACCCUUUAGAUUCUUGUUUUGGUGCUGAUCUUUUUGACAAGUCAAAUGACUAUAUAGAAUGGUUAAACACAAAGGAAAAUUCAUCUGUUGUUUAUAUAUCAUUUGGGAGUUUAAUGAAUCCAUCAAUAAGCCAAAUGGAGGAGAUAUCAAAAGGGUUGAUAGGUAUAGGGAGACCAUUUUUAUGGAUUAUAAAACAAGAUGAAAAAAACAAAGAAAAUGAGAAAAAUGUAAUUGGUUGUAUUGAAGAGUUGGAGAAAAUAGGAAAAAUUGUACCAUGGUGUUCACAACUCGAAGUUUUGAGACAUCCGUCUUUAGGAUGUUUUGUUUCACACUGUGGAUGGAAUUCAGCUCUGGAGAGCUUAGCUUGUGGAGUACCUGUCGUGGCUUUUCCUCAAUGGACCGAUCAAAUGACAAAUGCUAAGCAAAUUGAAGAUGUGUGGAAGAGUGGAGUUAGAGUGAAUGUGAAUGAAGAUGGUAUUGUUGAGAGUGAAGAAUUGAAAAGGUGUAUUGAAUGUGUUAUGGAUGGAGGGGUAAAAGGGGAAGAAAUGAGAAAAAACGCGAAAAAAUGGAAAGAAUUGGCUAGAGAAGCUGUGAAAGAAGGUGGAUCUUCACACAAGAAUUUAAAGGCUUUUAUUGAUGAAGUUGCCAAAGGUUAUUGAUAUGUGACUUUGUAUCAUUUGCUUAUUAUUUGUUAAGAAUAAGAUGAGAUAGCUUCUCUGUUGCUCGGACUUUUGAAAAACGUUGACAACUGCAUGUUGGAUCCUUCAAAAGUAGUGCAUUUUUUUUGGAAGAUACGACAUGAGUGAGACAACAUAGGAAAGUUUUGAGCAACAUAGGAUAGUUAAGUGUUCUUUUUAUUUCUAUCUUAUUAUUGUGCCUUCAACUUUUCUAAUAAAAUCCAAUUUGAAAGAUUCAUGACAAGUUA